UUCAAUUUUUUUUGUAUUAACUUUUUUGAUAAUAAUUUUAUUCCAAUUUAAAAAAAAAAUAUUAAAAUUCAAUACACCUGAUUAAUUACUGGUGAUAGUGAUUGGCUACGAUCAACGUUUUUUUGUUACAGCCAGUGUUUCUUUCAAACAAUAACAAUGCAGUGAUUUGUUUUCCGGCUUUUUUCGAUAUGUAUCACAUUCAAAUGAUCAUUAUGAUUUUUGCUGCUGAUUGAAUAUUUUGCCUACUCAGCUUAUUACGUAUCAUAGAAACAAAAAUUAUUUAAAAAAUACACGUCAUCUUUAAUAUAUUUCGUUUAUAAUUUUGUUGAUAUUGUUACAUCAUUAUAAUUGUUUGUGUAUCAUCAUCAUCAUCAUUUAAUUAAUUUUAUUAUUAAUUUCACAUUCAUCAAUAAUCAAAAUGACAACAUUGUUUCAAAAACAUGAACGUACAUGGCUAGAACGGAUUGUCAUACGAAUAUUGAAACAAGGUGUUAUACCAAAACAUAUUGCAUUCAUAAUGGAUGGUAAUCGUCGUUUUGCUGAAAAAUUAAACAUUAAAAAAAUGAUUGGCCAUAGUAAAGGUUUUGCAAAAUUAACUGAAACAUUGUCAUGGUGUCGUGAUCUCGGUAUUACACAAGCUACCCUUUAUACGUUUAGUAUUGAAAAUUUUAAAAGACCUAAAGAAGAAGUAGAUUAUCUGAUGGAUUUGUUUCGGAUACAAACGAAAAAAGUUAUUGAAGAAAUGUCGAAAAUAAAACAACAUGAAACCUGUAUACGUAUCUAUGGUAAUAUUCAUCUACUUCCAAUAGAUAUUCAACAAAACAUUGCCCGAUUGGUCAUCGAGACGGCUAAAUUUGAUAAAUUUUAUCUUAACAUUUGUUUUGCCUAUACAGCAAGAGAAGAAAUAAACAAUGCAUUCAUCGAUCUACAACAAUGUGUCGAGAAUCAUAUUAUCGAACCAAGUGACAUUAAUCAUACGACCAUUACGAAUGCUAUGUAUUCACUAGGUCUAAACGAUCCAGAUAUAUUGAUACGAACAUCUGGUGAAAUGCGUUUAUCUGAUUUUCUUCUUUGGCAAUCAUCAUUUUCGACAAUAUUUUUUGAUGCAUUAUGGCCAGAGUUUACUAUUUGGCAUCUUUUUGCUGCAAUAAUAAAUCAUCAAUAUGAAUAUCGAUCAAUUAAAUCACGUGAAAAUUAUUUCCAACUUCUACAGAAAGAAGAUGAUGAAUUCUGUCGAAAAAUUUAUCAUAGCCAUUCAUCAAAUUAUCAUUAUAAUAGUUUUGAAGAAUUUAUGGCCAAACGUGAAUCAAAAAUCAAGGAAUGUAAUGAAUUUAUUCGUAAUAAACGAAUUGAACAUCUUUAUUCAAUUUUAUCAGCUGCCGAUAUGAAUAGUAAUAGCAACAACAACAACAACCAUUCUAAUGAUAAAACAACAGCAACAACAACAACAACAACGACAAUUAAAAAACUAACAAAUGGUAAUCAUCAUCAUCAUCAUAACAUCAAUGGACAUGUCUAUGAAUUCAAUCAAUCACUGUAA